AUGCCCUCCUUCACCAAUCCCCCACCAACCCCCCAACACGCCCUCCUCUCCUUCCCCGCACCCCAUGUCCUCCUGGUAACGCUCAACCGACCGCGCUCCCUAAACUGCAUCAACUCGCAGGGCCAUGCCGAUCUGCAUGCCGUUUGGGAAUGGAUGGACGCCGAGCCCGCUGUACGCGUGGGCAUUCUCACGGGGAUGGGGCGGGCUUUCUGCGCGGGGGCUGAUUUGAAGGAAUGGAAUACAUCCGCCACCAACAACAAAAGCAGAACCCAACCAGGCACCGGAUUCGGGGGUCUCUCCCGGCGCAAAGGCCGCAAACCGGUAAUUUGCGCCGUCAACGGGCUCUGUUUCGGCGGCGGCACAGAAAUGAUCGUCAACAGCGACCUGGUAAUUGCAUCCUCGAACGCAGUCUUCGGGCUCCCGGAAGUAAAGCGUGGAGUUGUCGCGCUGGCGGGGGCACUGACGCGGCUUGUGCGAACGGUUGGCAAGCAGCGUGCGAUGGAGAUGGCGCUUACGGGACGGAAUGUGUUGCCGAGCGAGGCGGAGAGGUGGGGGCUUGUUAACGAGGUCGUUGAUACCACUGACCUUGGAAAAAAUGAGGAUGCGGUGAGGGAGAAGGUAGUUGCCAGGGCUGUGGAGGUCGCGGCGCUCAUUGCGGAGAAUAGUCCCGAUGCUGUGCUUGUUAGUCGUGAGGGGAUUAAGUUGGGGUGGGAGGGGAUUGGGGCUGAGGAGGCUACGAGUAUGUUGGCAGAUACUUGGGUGAAGAGGUUGAAUGAAGGGGAGAAUUUGAAGGAGGGAUUGAGGGCGUUUGUGGAGAAGAGGAAGCCUGUUUGGCGGGAUAGUAAGUUGUAA